UUUAUCUUUUAUGUUCACUGUCUGCUACGAUGUUUACUGAUUGAUAAGUGAGAAAUUUUAGGAUUUUCAGACACCCUUCCACCUACUUUUUCUUCCCCGCUCCUACUUCAUUCUUCUUCUUAACGAUCUCCGAGAUUAGGUUGAUUUGUCUGAGUACAAGUCAGUGGUCUUCCAUGCCUCGUUCAGCAGUCCUAGCAGAGAUAUCUAAAACAAGACCCAAAUAAAAAUGGUGUUCAAGGUGAGAUUUUUCUCCUCCAAGAAAUCAGAUACUUCAAGCCCGGAUAGGUCGAACAGCCCCAAAACCCUAAGUCCAAAUUCACCCAUUAGAUCCGAGAAGAAGAAGGUCAAAUCCACAAAGGAUGAGCAGCAGUUCGGUGGUAGUGGCGGAAACUUCGAUAUUGCGUGUCGUCAGACUCAGGUCAAAGAUGGCAGGGAGCAGCAGCAGCAGCAUCAGGAGCAACAGCAACAAUUGCAGCAGCAGCAGCAGAAGAAGAAGAAGGAGAUCAAGGGUAAAGAAGUUCAAACUCCAUUGAAGUCGACUACAGCGGUGGUUUCUGGUUUUCCGUCGAAACCGCGGAAAAUCCCUGAGGUGAAAGAGGGGCCUUCGGCGGUUUCACCAAUUCUGGCAUCAUCGCUUGGGUUGAAUCGGAUAAAGACGAGAUCAGGGCCAUUACCUCAGGAUAGCUUCUUUGGGUUUCGUGGAGACAAGGGGUCCACUCUUGGUGGUAGAAACUUAUCGAGGCUGGCUGCUGAUGGGUGUUCUCCUUCGACUUCUUCAACGGCAUCUGCGGGGAGUAACACAGGCAAAAAGGAGGUCCACAAUUUUAGUAAAAUGGUUCCUCAGAAUAAUGCUUCUCCUGAUAGUUGGGUCGGUAGUGGCAGCAAUUAUGAUAGCAUUUCGACUGAGGGUGCACAGUCAAGAGACCAGAGUCCUAGUGUACCAGUUAGGUCCUGUCUACGGAAUGGAGAAUCAUCGAGUGAAAUGGGGCGAUAUGAUUCGUCAUGGGAACAAAAUGGUGCUUUAAGAAGUUCAGACAUGUGUACUCCAGAUGCACAGACUUCAAAUGAUUGUGACAUGCCAAAGGAGUCUGAAUCUCCACGUUUUCAAGCACUACUUCGGGUUACAAGUGCUCCUAGGAAAAAGUUUCCUGGUGAUAUAAAAAGCUUCUCCCAUGAAUUGAACUCUAAAGGUGUACGGCCUUUUCCAUUUUGGAAGCCCCGGGGCUUAAAUAACUUGGAGGAGGUUUUGGUUGUAAUACGGGCAAAAUUUGACAAAGCAAAGGAAGAAGUGGACUCUGAUCUGGCUAUUUUUGCAGGAGAUCUUGUUGGAAUUCUAGAAAAAAAUGUAGAAACCCAUCCCGAGUGGCAGGAAAUCAUUGAAGAUUUGUUGGUUUUGGCACGGCGUUGUGCUGUAAUGUCACCUGGUGAGUUUUGGCUUCAGUGUGAAGGCAUAGUUCAGGAUUUGGAUGAUCAACGCCAAGAACUUCCCAUGGGCAUGCUGAAGCAGUUGCACACACGGAUGCUUUUCAUUCUUACCAGGUGUACACGAUUGUUGCAGUUUCAUAAGGAAAGUGGAUUUGCAGAGGAUGAGCAACUUCUUGGUCUUCAUCAAUGUAGAAUGAUACAUUCUGCUGAUAAACGAGUUUCAUCAGGCACAGGAAGGGAUGGGAAGACUUUUAGUGCUGCAAGGGGCUCAAAGGCAGCAUUUAAUAGGAAAUUUUAUAGUCAAGAGCAACAUGGCUUGGAUUGGAAGAGAGAACAUGCAAUACAACCCAUAACUUUGCUCUCACCCCCUGAUGUAGAAACUAAAAAGAAUAUUCAAUCACUUUCAAGCAGGGAAUGUAUAGCUUCUUCAAAGAAACUCCCUUCUCUUGUAGCAAAAUAUCAGAAGGAUUCUGUCCCAAUGAAGGAUGGACAGUAUGGCAUCAAGAUUGAUUCCUUGAACAUGUCAAACAACAGGAAAGAAAAUUAUGAUACAGAUCUGGCUGCUAUUAGGCCUUCUGAACUUCCUUCUAGCAAGGAUUUUACUGCAUAUUCUUCUGUUCUUUCCAAGCACCAGAAAAAGGUUUCUUGGGGCUACUGGGGAGAUCAACAGAAUAUUGCUGAUGAAAGUUCUAUAAUUUGUCGCAUUUGUGAGGAGGAGGUUCCAACAUUUCAUGUGGAAGACCAUUCAAGAAUCUGUGCUAUUGCAGAUAGAUGUGACCAGAAAGGUUUAAGUGUUAAUGAGCGUCUCAUCAGGAUUGCUGAAACUCUUGAGUCCUUUUCACAAAAGGAUUUGCACAAUGCAAUUGGAAGCCCAGAUGUUGCAAAAGUUUCAAACUCAAGUAUCACUGAAGAAUCUGAUACUCCAUCUCCAAAACACAGUGAUUGGCCCCGUAGGGGCUCUGGGGACAUGCUUGAUUGCUUCACAGAAGCUGAUGAUUCUUUUGUGAUGGAUGACCUAAAGGGUCUAUCAUUUAUGUCAUGUAAAACUCGUUUUGGUCUAAAAUCUGAUCAAGGAAUGGCAACAUCAUCUGUGGGUAGCAUGACUCCUCAAUCUCCAAUAUUGAUGCCAAUAAUUAGCCAGAUAGACUUGCUAUUAGCUGGAAAGGGUGCAUACUCUGAACUUGAAGAUCUUCCACAGAUGAAUGAACUUGCGGAUAUUGCUCGGUGUGUGGCAAAUACACCCAUAGAUGAUGAUCAAUCCACACAGUAUCUGGUCUCCUGUCUUGAAGACUUAAAAGUUGUAGUUGAACAUAGGAAGUUGGAUGCGCUUACGGUGGAGACAUUUGGAACACGGAUAGAGAAAUUGCUUAGGGAGAAAUACUUGCAGCUUUGUGAGUUAGUUGAUGAUGAGAAGAUUGAUAUAACAAGUACAACCAUAGAUGAAGAUUCCCCUUUAGAAGAUGAUGUUAUUCGCAGCUUGAGAACGAGUCCUAUUCACUCUACCAAGGACCGCACCUCUAUAGAUGACUUUGAAAUAAUAAAACCAAUAAGCCGUGGGGCAUUUGGCCGAGUUUUCUUGGCAAAGAAGAGAACAACUGGUGAUCUUUUUGCUAUAAAGGUUCUUAAAAAGGCAGAUAUGAUCCGUAAGAAUGCUGUUGAGAGUAUUUUGGCAGAGCGUGACAUCUUAAUUUCGGUUCGCAAUCCUUUUGUGGUUCGUUUUUUCUAUUCUUUUACUUGUCGUGAGAAUCUGUAUCUUGUGAUGGAGUACUUGAAUGGGGGAGAUCUGUAUUCAUUAUUGAGAAAUUUAGGAUGCUUGGAUGAAGAUGUUGCUCGGAUAUAUAUAGCUGAAGUUGUGCUUGCUUUGGAAUAUUUACAUUCAUUACGUGUGGUUCAUCGUGAUUUGAAGCCUGAUAAUCUGUUGAUUGCACAUGAUGGUCAUAUCAAGUUGACGGACUUUGGGCUCUCAAAAGUUGGUCUUAUCAACAGCACUGAUGACUUAUCUGGUCCAGCCAUUAGUGGAACAUCUUUAUUUGGAGAAGAGGAGCCUCAGCUAUCUGCAUCUGGACACUUGCAUAACCGGGAAAGGCGGCAGAAACGUUCUGCUGUUGGCACACCUGAUUAUUUGGCACCAGAGAUACUCCUAGGAACUGGACAUGGUGCAACUGCAGAUUGGUGGUCUGUGGGUGUUAUUCUUUUUGAACUGAUUGUUGGUAUUCCGCCCUUUAAUGCAGAACAUCCACAAACAAUUUUCGACAAUAUACUCAAUCGUAAAAUACCUUGGCCCCGGGUUCCUGAAGAAAUAAGCCAUGAAGCACAAGAUUUAAUUGAUAGAUUACUGACAGAAGAUCCUGGUCAGAGACUUGGAGCUAAAGGCGCAUCAGAGGUGAAGCAACAUGUGUUCUUCAAAGACAUCAACUGGGACACACUUGCCAGGCAGAAGGCUGCAUUUGUCCCUGCUUCGGAAAGUGCUCUUGAUACAAGCUACUUCACAAGUCGGUACUCCUGGAAUCCAUCAGAUGGUUGUGUUUAUGCUGCCAGUGAAUUUGAGGAUUCUAGUGACUGUGGCAGUAUAAGUGGCAGCAGCAGUUGCCUAAGCAACGGUCAAGAUGAACAGGCAGAUGAAUGUGGAGGUCUUGCUGAGUUCGAGCCUAGCUCAUCAGUGAAUUACUCAUUUAGUAAUUUUUCAUUUAAGAAUCUCUCUCAGCUUGCAUCAAUCAACUAUGAUUUGCUUACCAAGGGUCUCGAGGAUGAACCAUCAACAAACCAUGGUGUAUGAUUCUUCCAGCUUCUCAAUCGAGAAGCAGUGGUAGGCUCUAAUAUUUGAUGAUGAUAGAAGCUUCAGGGAUCCCAUUGACUUCGAUAGUUGUUUGUACAGCCUGUAAAUAGAUAGAAGCUCGAGAUUACAAUUUCUGGGAUGUGCUCUUUCCUCGUACAGGCUACUGCUUCACAUUUCAGGACUCUUGACUUUUAGUCCGAAUCAUCUGUUUGGUUUGUGAACCUCUUGUACAUUAGUUACCUUCCCUUGGGACCGAAACCUAGUGGUUUUCUCCAUUGUAGCAAUGAGAACACAUCCCUAGAUGUUUACUUAUUUGAGAGCUGUGUAAUUAGCAUCUUAUAAGUUUCUUGUUACCUUUGAUGAGCCUCAUCUGAGGCAUUUCUGAAAAUUCUUGAGUAGAAAAUGGUUGGCAUCGGCAAAUUUUGUUUUGAUCC